AUGGCAUUUCAUAAUAGGAAACAACAUAACUUCUCUAGGCAAAUCAUCAGAAACAACAGACAACAAUAUGAGAUCAAUCAAGUUGCUGCAACCAGCUUUAACAGUCCUGUCCAGAUAGGUAGUGAGAUCAAUCAAGUUGCUGCAACCAGCUUUAACAGUCCUGUCCAGAUAGGUAGUGAGAUCAAUCAAGUUGCUGCAACCAGCUUUAACAGUCCUGUCCAGAUGGGUAGUGAGAUCAAUCAAGUUGCUGCAACCAGCUUUAACAGUCCUGUCCAGAUGGGUAGUGAGAAUCCUUCAGAGAAUCCUUGGAUCGGCAUGAAUCAACCACAACCUAAUGCACUGAUAUCAUCUCAAAGUAGUGGACGGGCUAACAUGCUACCAAAUGGCCAAAGAAAACAUUUCGGAUCAGUUUCAACUGAAAGCCUGAGCAAGAGGCUUAAAAUGCAAUUCCCGAAGAAUCAGAACCAAGCAGUGCAACCCGAGACCCCAAUCCUGAAUAUAUUAAAGGAAAGUGAUGCAGAAAUUUUGAGCUUAGGGAAUUCGAACAUGCCAUUCCAAGAAGAUGUAAAGAAUUUCUCUGUUGACAACCAGAAACGGAGAGAAUAUGCAACAGGUUGGGAAUCCAAGACCAUGUCUGCGCAUAACAGUUUGGAAUUGGCCCGUGCUAUGGUUAGGAUGCUACAUAGGUUUCUACCCCUUCAUAAUAGUGCUGAGGAGCACGAUGUAAAGUCUUACAAUGAUUGCAACGUCUCUGAAAAGAACGCACCAAGUAACGCUCAGGUAGUAGCAGUGGAAGAUAUUGGCGGAACUUCUGGGGAGGUGCAGACAGGAGAAGGUAGUGGAGUGAAGAGGAUGUGUAUGAGCUGCAGAGAAAUGGAAAUGAGCUUUUUGGCAUUGCCAUGCUGGCAUCUGUGCUUUUGCAUAGUUUGCGGGACUCGUCAAUCCAUUCUUCAAGAUCCCUGCCCUGUGUGUGAGACUACAAUCACUGCAACAGCCCCUGUUAGCCUCGUCUCAGAUGAAUGA